AUGAGGACUCUUUAUGGAGGUUUUGAUAAGGUAGGUGCCACUAAAGUUGACUUCAAAAACUUCAAGAGAGACUUAAAUAGGUAUAUAGCUGAGUACGAUGCUGACAUGGUUAUCAAACGCCUAAGAAGGAAGAAAGAAUUUAUGCCCAAUUUCUCUAUGGAAUACCUAACAACUGCCGAUGGCGUUUUACGUGCGUUGUUCUGGGCCGAUGGUGAUACAACGAGAAAUUUUCAUAUGUUUGGGGAUGUUGUGUCCUUCGAUGCUACUUAUCGUCGUAACAAGUACAAUAUGAUGUUUGUACCUUUUACCGGCGUUGACAAUCACUAUCGUAAUGUUACCUUGGGUGCUGCUAUAAUAGGUAAUGAAACUGCCGAAACAUAUAGCUGGUUGCUUAACGCAUUUUGGCAGGCAUUUGGGCGCGCACCACCUGUGAUUAUAACUGAUCAAGACCCAGCGAUGAGGAAAGCUAUUCAAGAUACUUGGCCUGAAAGUAGGCACAGGCUUUGCAUGUGGCAUAUAAUGGACAAACUUACUACCAAGGUUGGCGCCAACCUAUGCAAUAGCACCGAUUUUAAGAAGAGGUUGUGUGAUAUUGUUUGGACUGAUGCAUUACUACCAGAACAGUUUGAAACUGAAUGGGGUGUUAUAUUGGCUGAUUUUGAUUUGGUGAAUCAUGAAUGGUUACAGUCAAUUUAUCAGAUUAGGGAUACAUGGAUCCCUGUGUACUAUCGUGAUGAACACAUGUCUGGGCUGAUGCGUACUUCAUCACGUUCGGAGAGUGAGAACCAUUUCUUUGGGCAGUUUUUGUAA